AUGAGGGAGCGGACGGUGGGAACGGAGUACUCGACGGUGAUUUCGUCGUUCAAAGCGCUGUAUCGAGAGGCAGGAAUGCGUGGAAUGUAUGCGGGAUUUACGGCGCAUGUGCUGCGAACGGUUCCGAACGCGGCGAUAAUGUUUGUGAUCGUGGAAGUACUGCUCAACAAUUCGCUGUAG